AUGACUUGCGAUAAGGAGUUUGACAGAAUAUCUAUAUCAGAGUCAGCAGAGCAAGGUAAUAAAGCCUUCACAAAAGGAACGAGAUCAGUGGAACAGACCGGAAAUGCAGAAAACGAUAUAAAGUCAAAGUAUAAAACAAAAACUCGUAAAAGUGUAUUGAAGUUUAUUUCCAAAAAUAAACGUAUGUACGAUGCUGACGAUCCAGACUUGGAACCAGUAGCACUUAAGGAUCUCUUUCGCUAUGCAACAAAAUUUGACAAAUUUUUACUUGUUAUUGGAGUAAUUUGCUCAAUACUGACCGGCAUCGCUCAGCCAUCGUCUAUGUUUGCUAGCGCUAGCCUGAACGAUGUUCUUCUCAAAGUUCCACCAGAAUCCCCGUACUUCCGGAGUGAAGGCUUUAAAUACAUGUUUAUCAUUUUGGCAUUUGGAGUCGUUUCCUUAAUUUUAAGCUAUGUUUCGCACGUUUGUUUUCAAUCAGUUUGUUAUCGCAUAGUAAAUACGAUACGUCGAGAGUAUGUUCAAGCAAUUUUACGGCAAAAUGCUGGAUGGUUUGACAAAAAUCAGUGUGGUGUUCUUACCACUCGACUCAACGAUAACAUCGAUCGGAUUAGUGAAGGUAUUGGAGACAAGUUGGGAUUUCUUUUGAAAGGAGUUACCAUGUACAUCGUAGGAUUUUUGUUUGGUUUUAUUUAUCAGUGGCGAAUAGCACUAAUUAUUUUGGCCGUAUCACCAUUUACCACAUUUCUAAUGUGGAAACUGUCACAGCAACUAGACCAAGCGACAGGAAAGGAACUGAAAGUUGUGGGAAGAGCGGGUGCAGUAGCUGAAGAAGCAAUUUUGGGCGUAAGAACCGUACAGUCUUGUAAUGGUCAAGAAACUAUGGUUCAUAAUUAUAGAAAAGAACUAAUUAAAGGAAAAAAUUAUGCUGUUCAAAAAGCUCUAUGGAGUGGUUCUAUCACAGGCAUCUUCUAUUUUAUCCUCUUUGUAAUACUUUCAGCAGGCCUCAUUUAUGGUGGAUAUUUAAUAAAAGUUGGCCUAUUUGAUAGCCCUGGAGAAUUAUUUUCGGUUGUUUUCGCUACCUUAGUUGGAACUUAUUUUCUUGGUGUCGUCAGUCCUCACUUAAUGGUUUUGAUGAACGCUCGAGCCGCAGCGGCAACGGUCUAUGAGACUAUUGACAGAAAACCGGAGAUUGAUUCUUAUUCUAAAAAAGGAAGAAUAAUUGGAGACUUGAGAGGACAAGUUGCGUUUAAGAAUGUUUACUUUCGUUAUCCUAGUCGAGAAAACGUCAAGGUCCUAAGUGGCCUCAAUUUGACGGCAGAGCCCGGUCAACUCGUUGCACUUGUCGGUCACAGUGGCUGCGGGAAAUCUACCUCUAUUAGUUUACUUACGCGACUGUAUGAAGCAGAAUCAGGAUAUGUCACCAUUGAUGAUAAUGAUGUUAAGGAUAUGAACAUUGAGUGGCUAAGGAAUGUGAUUGGUGUGGUUCAACAAGAGCCAGUACUGUUUAACGACACAGUUGAGGAGAAUCUAAGAUUGGGUAAUCCUGAUGCUGACAUGGAACAAUUAGUUGAAAUGUGUAAGAUGGCAAAUGCUCAUGAGUUCAUUUUGAAACUGCCAAAGGGUUAUCAAACAGUAAUUGGUGACGGUGGUGUACAGCUCUCAGGAGGACAAAAACAGCGAAUUGCUAUUGCUAGAGCACUGGUGCGAAAUCCAAAAAUAUUACUGCUUGACGAAGCAACUAGCGCCUUGGACGCUCAGUCUGAAGCUAUUGUUCAGAAUGCUUUAAAUAAGGCUUCAAAGGGCCGAACAACAAUUGUAAUAGCUCACCGACUAUCUACAGUUAGAAAUGCAGACAAAAUCGCUGUUUUUAGCAAAGGAGUAAUUGCUGAAGAAGGUACACACGAUGAACUUUUAAAAGCAAAUGGGAUUUACGCUCAGUUAGUAAAAACUCAAAAAAUUCAAAUAUCUGACGAGUUGAACACUGAUGCACUUGCAGAUGAACUUGAAGAAGAACAGUCCUCUUCGGACAAGUAUCAGAAUGCCUCACCAAGUAUAUUGUUACAAGAUGCUUCCUACUUCGAUAAACCGCAACACUUACCAGGAAAACUGAUAACACAAUUAGCAGCCGAUACUCCAAAAGUCAAAGGUUUGUCUGUUGAAAUAAUAGAAAAUGUGCGCACAAUACAACUGUUAACAAGGGAAGAAACUUUUAACAAGAAAUAUAGCGAGUGUUUAAAAGUACACAAAAGGCCUGAAACGGUGAGGACUCAUAUCGAGGCGCUAAACUUUACUGUGGGACAAAGUUUUCAGUACUUCAUUAUCGCUUGUUCAUAUUCAAUAAGCAUUCACUGCGCUAACAUUGGAUUGGUACCAAUUGUAGAAUCGUUCAAUGCAAAUGUUGCAUUAUUGUUAGCGUCUUUCUGUGUUCUGCUUUCUGCUCCAUACUUUCCAAACGUAGUCGACGCGCAUUCGGCUGCCAAAUCGCUCUUUGCUUUGAUUGAGCGGAAGCCGAAAAUUGGUGAUCACAAGGAUGGUUGUAAGCCGACUUUGAACGGAAAAUUACGCUUUAGUGAUGUAACUUUCAAAUAUCCCCAGAGGCCAACCCAGGCUGUGAUGGCUAGAAUGAAUUUUGAAGCUAAUCGUGGACAAACUGUCGCUUUGGUUGGACCAUCAGGCUCUGGAAAGAGUACAAUGAUUUCCUUAAUAGAACGUUUCUAUGAUGUUGAUGCUGGAUGUGUGCAAUUUGAUGGGAUGAAUGUGAAAACAAUAAGUCUACACCACUUACGUACUCAAAUUGCCUUAGUUGGCCAAGAACCUCGUUUAUUUGCUGGCUCAAUACGAGAUAAUAUUUGUCUUGGUCUUGAAAAAAAUAUAUCGACAGAGGAACUUUACGAAGCGCUAGAAAUUGCCAACGCUAAAUCUUUCGUUGAUAGUUUACCUCAGGGUCUUGAUACUGAUGUCGGAGAAAAAGGUACGCAACUUUCCGGCGGUCAGAAGCAAAGAAUAGCCAUUGCUCGUGCAAUUAUACGAAAACCGAAAAUUUUAUUACUCGAUGAAGCCACUUCUGCUCUUGAUUCUGAAUCCGAGAAAGCUGUACAAGAAGCGCUUGACAGGGCUCGUCAAGGCAGAACAUGCAUAACAAUUGCUCAUCGUCUGUCUUCUGUACAGAACGCGGACUUAAUACUUUACGUCGACAAGGGAAGAGUUUGUGAAAAAGGCACUCAUUCGACACUGAUGGCUUUGAAAGGCCAAUACUGCCAGCUCAUCAAGCGACAAGAUCUUGCAUCUUAA